UUUUCCUUUUGGGGGUUAUUAAGAGAGAGAAAAAAAAGGGCAGAAGGGAAAUCGGGAGAGACGGAGAAGGAAGGAAGGGCAUGGCGGCGGAAGAAGAAAACGAGUUCUACCUGAGGUACUAUGUGGGACACAAGGGGAAAUUUGGACACGAGUUCCUGGAGUUCGAGUUUAGACCGGACGGUAAGCUCCGUUACGCAAAUAACUCGAACUACAAGAACGAUACGAUGAUCCGGAAGGAGGUGUUUCUCACCCCCGCCGUUCUCAACGAGUGCAAGCGUAUCGUCUCCGAGAGCGAGAUAAUGAAAGAAGAUGAUUUUAAGUGGCCGGAACCUGACCGUGUUGGAAGGCAAGAGCUUGAGAUCGUGAUGGGAAAUGAGCAUAUCUCCUUUGCUACAUCUAAGAUUGGUUCUCUCGUUGAUGUCCAGAGCAGUGAUGAUCCUGAAGGUCUUCGCAUCUUUUACUAUCUUGUUCAGGACUUGAAAUGUCUGGUUUUUUCGCUCAUCUCGCUGCACUUCAAGAUCAAGCCUAUUUAGAGAAGAAACCAGUUUAGCUACUGGGAUCAUGGACCUGAAGUUUAGUUGCUUUUAUGUUUCUGGCUCAUGCCUGUUUCUUGUGUUGUUAACUUGAAAACCCUGGGUGUUUCACUCGUAUGCUGUUUUUUUUCUUCUUCUUGUUGUUGCAAUGAAUCUUAAAUGAGCGUUGGUAUUGGAAAUGGACACAACGGUUUGGCA